CGCCUUCCGUCAUUGUUAUAAAAGAUCUUGAUAUUUUGGCUGUAGAUGUUAACUGGUUUUAAAAUUUUUUGUUUGCAGAUCAGAAUUAUUUUGAUAAAUGGAAAAUGAAAGUUAUCAGCAUGUUGGUGAGAGAGAUUCAAGAUAUUUACAAGAUUGAUCAGGUCUUUGUAGUUGGUUUUACUUGUGAUAAGUCCAAAUUACCAGUAGAACUAUGUAAAGUAGAAAUAUUUCAACAUAAUUUAGUUUUAUCAAUACCAUCCAGAAAACAACGUGAAGAAAUUCUAAGCUUAUAUUUAUCAAAAUUAAACCUAUCUUUUUCUGUAAACGAAGCGAUGAAUAAUUCAGUUAUGAAAGAUUAUAUCACAAAACUUGGCUUGGUAUGGUUUAUUUAUACACUUAUUCCAUAAAUGAUAUUUGUGCUUAUUUCUUUGGAAUAUAUUAGAUGACUUCAGGAUAUGUACCAAAUGAUUUAGGUAAAUUAUGCAGAUUGGCAGUAUUACAAGCGUUGAGUAAUGUAGAGAAUAUAAACAAAAAUAACAAGAAAGU